CAGUGUCCAUAAAUCAGUUGUUUUAAAGUGGGUGAAAAAUUCAAAAUAAAAAUAUCUGAAAGAAGUGGUGUAUGUUUUUAUGUUAAUGAGAGUGUAUGAAGUUAAAAAUUAACAUGGAAUUAAGGUUGCAUUCACCAGCAGGGGCUGAUCCAGUGGUUUAUCACUGGCCAUUAACAUCAGGACGAGGAUCUGAUAAACAUGAUGGAGCAUUGGAAAUUGUCGAAACUAUACGAUGGGUUUGCGAAGAUUUACCGGAAUUAAAACUGCCUUUAGAAAAUAAUAUAUUAUGUAAUUAUGAUACUCGUAGCUAUGAAAGUAUGAAAUCGUUAUGUGAUCGAUUUAAUCGUGCAAUUGAUAGCGUUGUUGCUUUGGAAAAAGGUACAUCAUUACCCGCGCAACGUUUAAAUAAAUACCCAUCACGUGGCCUUCUACGGCAUAUACUUCAGCAAACAUACAAUCAGGCCGUCAUAGAUCCAGAGAAAUUGAAUCAAUAUGAACCAUUCUCACCGGAAGUGUAUGGUGAAACAUCGUAUGAAUUAGUUUGUCAGAUGAUCGAUCAAAUUGCAAUUACCAAAGAUGAUAUAUUUAUUGAUUUGGGUUCGGGUGUUGGACAAGUUGUUUUGCAAAUGGCUGCCGCAACGCCAUGCAAAAUAUGUUUUGGUAUUGAACGAGCUGAAGUACCAAGUCGUUAUGCCGAGAGCAUGAAUAAAAAUUUUCGGUCAUGGAUGCAAUGGUAUGGUAAAAAAUUUGGCGAAUAUAAAUUAAUCAAAGGUGAUUUUCUAACGGAUGAAUUUCGUGAAAAAAUUAAUCAAGCGUCAAUUGUAUUUGUGAAUAAUUUCGCAUUUGGACCAACUGUGGAUCAUCAGCUAAAAGAACGUUUUGCAGAUUUACGUGAUGGUGCCCGUAUUGUUUCAUCGAAAAGUUUUUGUCCAUUAAAUUUUCGUAUUACGGAUCGUAAUCUAAGUGAUAUAGGUACUAUUAUGCAUGUAUCCGAAAUGACACCAAUGAAAGGUUCGGUUUCCUGGACUGGUAAACCCGUAUCGUAUUAUUUACAUAUUAUCGAUCGUACAAAAUUGGAACGGUAUUUUCAACGUUUGAAAAAUCCGAAGGGUAUCGAGGAUGAUCCUCCUCCGAAACCGGUACGGGAACGGGCGACACGUCGUGAUUUAACAAAACAAUUGAGUCCAGAAUCAUUUGGAUCAGACAGUGAACAAAGUGGAUCUGAAACAAAUGGUGGAUCAACUACCGGUCCGACAACACGUCGAGCAUGGUCUGAUUGGUGUAGUAAUAAAGGAAAAUCCAGUCAAAGCGAAGAAGAAAAUAAUAAUACUGGUAAACCGAAGAAACCACAGCCAAAGAAAUUUCGCAGGAAAUUGCGUGGUGGUAAUAAUAAAUUAAGUCAAAAUCAAAAUAGUAACAGCUGCAGUAGUUCUGCUCCACCGCCGUUAAAACCAGCACCAAAACGUAGUCGAGGACGUGUGAAGAAGGCUAAAUUAAAGAAGGCAAUCAAAAUUAAUGGUCUAGAUUUGUUGCACAGUCAAACAUUAUUGAGCACAUCGCCACAAGCUGUUGGUAAGAAACCACCACCAGCUCCUGGAUGUGUAGACCAACAACUAACAUCGUUGAGCACAGCCGAACAUCAACUUGUCCACACCGAGCUGGAAAUUCCACAAGCGCCAGGAGAAACACCGUACGCGUUGCAAAUUUUAUUGGACAUGUAUCGUACACAGUUUAUGCAGAUGAUUGAUACAAUGAAGAAUCCUGGCUACAAAGAUAGCAUCAAACAACUUUUGGAAGCGGAAAAGGAUCGAAAUCAAAAAUUAAAAAAUCGGGCAGCACAAUUAGACAAGCAGAUCAAAGUCUUAAUCGAUGAUAGUGUAGCAUUAUUGAAGGCACGUAUGAGUGAGCUCGACAUUGAUGCAACAUCUCCAGGUGAUUUACUAGCCAAAGCGAAAGAAAUCGUCUGUCGUCACAAAGAAUUACAAGCCAAGGCCAGUAAAUUACAAACACAAGUCACGUCAAUUGAGCAGGAACAAGCUAAAUAUGUUGCAGCGCGACAACAAGAAAUUGUCGAGAAAUAUCAACCUGGUGCAAAUGUUCAAGUUACACCACAACUCACGCAAGAUUAUAUCCUUCGAGAAAUCUCUGCUACACUUUCGCAUCGUAAAAAGUUACAGAAUCAAGUAAAUAAAUUAGAAAAUGAAAUUACCUCGCUGGAAAAGUCGAGUGAAGAACGUAAACAAAUGCAACAGCAAGUACCGCUUACCACACAAACUGUGGUUGCGGCAAAACCACCUCCAACCAAAGUUCGAAAAACUCGUGAACAUCGUUCACGUUCGCAAGAAUGGCCCGAUGUACCUGAUAUUGGUAAAAUUGAGGAACAAAAUCCAGAAAUAUUGGCACAGAAAAUCUUAGAAACCGGACGACAAAUUGAAGCUGGUAAAUUAUCAAAUAAAUAUAUUACAAAUGGACAACCAAAACAGAAUUUACAACAAAAUGGGGGUAGUAAUAAUAUGGAUUACAUGCGCAUGCGUGCACAACAGAAUUAUCAAAAUAAUUCAACACAAAACAUGUCGACGACAAAUAAUUCACAAGUGAAGACAGUUAAGAAUCGAUCAUCAUCUUCGAUACCGCCUGUGGUUACAUCUGUUCCGACAACGGCGAGUAGUAAAACUACAAGUAGUCGUCCUACGACAAACUAUACAUCGAAUCGUGCCGAGCAACAGCCACCACGCGUUGCAAACUUCGAAGAUCGUUUGAAGAGCAUUAUUACGUCAGUCUUGAACGAGGAUCAACAAAAUCGUAACACAAAGAGUCAACAUUACGGUUUGACGUCGACAUCUUCUCCGUCCACAUACUUUACGGUCCCACAGCAUCAUGAUACCAAAUCAUCGUCGUCAAAACAUCAUCGUAUGCAUAAUUCACAUAGUAACAUGCAUCAUGGCGAAGUACCCCAACAUUACAACAAUCGAACACCGUCAUCAGCGGUGAUUAAUGUUGAUGAAGGUCUUCAAUCACGGGCACUCAAUCGUCAAGCUUCAACACCGGUUACCAUUACAACAAAUUCUGUAUCAAUGUCAGUUGCUACAUCAUCUUCGCUAUCUCAACCAGAUUACACGCAAGUAUCCCCUGCGAAGUUAGCGUUACGGCGACACUUAUCCCAAGAGAAAUUAGCCGCAAUGCAUCCUUCUCCCGUCCCAGCGGUUGCAACACGCACAAUUGGUGACUUAGUAAGUGGAGAAAUCGAACGUACCCUUGAAAUUUCCAACAAUUCAGCAGUGGAUAUGAGUAAUAAUCUUAUUAACAGUCAACUACCUCCACGUCCAGAACGGGUAAAUGUUCGAGGUCCAGAACCACCGCAUUCAAUUGAACCAUCCAGACAAUUAUAUAGUCCAAUAUCACGACCUGGAUCUGCUGAAGGUGGACCACUUGAUGUAGAUCGUCAAGUUCCAAUCCCCUCAGCGCACUCACAGUAUAGUUCAGGUGUUUCUCAAUGUUCUCCAAGAGCGACAACUGUGUUAUACGCGUCCCAACAACGCCAUAUGCAUCAUGAAUUAUAUACUCCGUUACCACGAGCGGAUAUUAAACCGUAUCACGAGUCAUAUUUCAACGAUACUAAGCCACCUGGGGCACCGUUACCAGUAGAAGGUUUAGCUGCGUCGCUACAUGCACGAUUAUUAGCACCACCAAUUGAAUCGCAAACUACAUCAGUGGUACCACAACCGUUAAUCGUGAAAGAAGAAUUAGAUGCGCGUCGAGAAUGCUUAAUCUACGAUACACGAACGAUCAUUCCAAAUCCAAAUAUAAUGGAAACGCAACCACAAAAUAUGAUUAAAACUGAAAUGUGCGAUGAUAUUAAAUCACCAUCAAAUUCAAAUUCAGUCUUCCAUUUUUCCAAUAAUGGUCCUGUGAUCGCAUCCAAUCAGGCAACUAAACGUUCAUCACCAAUGAAUUCACAAGUGCAACGUCGUCCAUUCAAGAAACAACAUUUAGAUCAUACCGUGUCUGUGCCGUCUUCGUCGGCACCACCUGGUGCUUUAAAACAAGAUCUACCACAAAAUUCACAUCUUCCACCAAAUCAACAACAUCCGUCUGGUUAUACCAUUGUGCAUGAUGAUGCUAUGCCAUCUGGUGGAGAACGGAGACCUGCAUCUUUAACACAUCAACAUCGUCAUGAAGAAGAUGCAGAAGUUGAAGACGAACCAGAGGAAUCCAAAUGGCAGGAUCGUAUUAGUUCUGGUUUUGAUCGUUUGGUGGCAUUCGCAUCAACUGAGCUAGAUAAACGUCGUCGAUCUACCGAGGGGAAUGAUUGUUGCAACACAUCGCCAGAUUCUGGUAUUGGACAUGGUGAUCCCCCACCGACUAUGAAUACACCCGCUGCUGCGCUAACAGUUGUGCCAAAUAUCUCAUCACCAAAAUUACAAUCACAACCCGCUACAUUUAAAACGCCGGUUGUGAAGUCCACUACCGGUGUCACAUAUCAAACAAUUGAGAGUCCACCAAUAAUUGAUCACGUCGAUCAUGAACCAAAUGGACCUCCGCGUACCCCUUCCCCAUCUGCUUCGCCGCCAAAUAUGACUUCGUCUACAACAACGAAUUGUUCAAUUGAGCAAUCGAAUUCUUGUUACCCAAAUAUACCCCAACAAACACAUAUACCGUUGCGAUACCAACGUUUCGAACCGGAUCACCAUUUUAAGAAGAAAUUCUUCCAUCAUCGCGAACAAUGGUCAUCGUCGACAUCCUCACCUGCGCAAUCCGCGCAAUCACAGCUACCACCGUCAACUCAUUGGAACAAUAAUGCACCACAUCAUAAACAGGGUAAAUUUCGACCAAAAGGUAAAGAUUGGGAUUGGUCCGGUUCUUCGCAACAACAUACCCCCUCCCCGCAUGAUCAUCAUGCUCCACAUCAAAUGCAAUGGCAGACAACAUCUGAUAGUAGAUAUGCUUGGGAUCAUAGAGAUCACUGACUAGUGUUUGAUCCUCGAUUCUUUCAGCCGUAUCACAUGUAUUUCCCAACAUAUUACUGAUACAUGCACGAUUCGGCCA